UCUUGCUCUGUUUUCCUUAAUGAUAACAAAAAUGAGGAUAAAUGCAAAUUUGUUGGUUUUGUCUCUAUUUUUCAUGUUUUUCUUUUGUGAGUUAUCCUCAGUUUCAGCUAAACCUCCUCCUGUUAAGAUUGUAAGUGGACUUGUGACAAAUGUAGCAUCAAUGCUCUGGAAAUGGUUGUGGACUCUUCAAACAUCAACAACAACAACGACCACCACAAAAUCUGGUGUUUCUAGUCGUUCGAUGGUGAAAUAUGAAAGUGGAUAUAACAUAGAGACAGUGUUUGAUGGAAGUAAGCUUGGGAUUGAUCCCUAUGCAAUUGAAGUUUCCCCAAAUGGAGGAGAGCUUAUUGUCUUGGACUCUGAGAACAGUAACAUCCACAAAAUAUCCAUGCCUCUUUCUAGAUAUGGUAAACCAAAGCUAGUCUCUGGUUCACAAGAAGGCUACACUGGACACGUCGAUGGGAAGCCCAAAGAAGCAAAAAUGAAUCGUCCUCGAGGAUUAGCUAUCGACGACAGUGGAAACAUCUACGUCGCAGAUACUAACAAUAUGGCUAUACGCAAGAUCAGCGACGACGGAGUCUCAACCAUCGCCUCGGGAGGAAGAUGGAGCGGUGGAUCUAAAGAGGAGUCAAUGAGAUUCUCCGAUGACUUUGAUUUGAUCUACGUCUCUUCAAGCUGCUCUCUUCUAGUCAUUGAUCGAGGAAAUCAAAUGAUUAGAGAGAUUCAGCUUCACGAUCACGACUGCUCUCAUCAAGAACCCGACACUGAUACUGAUAGUCUCCAUCUUGGAACCGCUUUGCUCGUAGCUGCUAUGUUCUUUGGAUAUAUGUUUGCAUUAUUAGUACGUAGAGUACGAUCGUUGUUCUCCUCGUCUCCUCCUCAUGAUAGUAUAAAAUAUGUAGCAAAACAGAACAUGACAAUGGCUCCAUAUCAACGUUAUCCAAGACCGGUUCGACAGCCCUUAAUCCCACCUCAACACGAACCGGAAAAAGAAGAAGGAUUUCUCGGUUCUCUUGGAAAACUAGUGGUGAAAACCGGUUCUUCGGUUUCCGAGAUGAUGUCCGGUUCUAGAAAUGUAAUCCCUCCAAACUUUCAUCAGUACCACCACCAUCAGCAAGAACCGAAUCAAUGGCCGGUACAAGAGAGCUUCGCUAUACCGGAGGACGAUGGACCGCCGGCUUUAGAACCACGAUCAGGUACGAAUCCGGAUAAACCCUACCUUAGAGCACAAGCAGCCAACCAAAACCGGUCUUAUUACCAAGAAUAUGACCAAUACCAAAACCAGCAGAAACGAAACGCGAACGAUGCGGCGUCGUUCGAAGACAACCGAGAGAAGAACGAGAUCGUGUUCGGGGCAGUUCAGGAGCAGGACGGUCGCCGAGAAGCAAUGGUGAUCAAGGCCGUUGAUUUCAACGAAGCCAUGAACGAUCAGCGAAAUCUACGGCCCAGGAUUAAUUACAUGGGAUAUUCUUCUCAAGUUUACUGAUCACGCAAUAUCAAAUUUUCGUAAUUCACUAUUUCACUUUUAGAGAGUGUGCGUAAUAUAUUAUUGCCUGAUGUUUGAUUGGUCCUACUAAACUUCUUACGUUAAUGUAGUAUGUAUAUCAAAUAUACU